AUGAGCCGAAGAUACUGCAAUCAACCUCAUACCUUCACUAUUGUGCUCCUCACUGCUGGUAUCUACCUCUCUCUCGGUCGCGUAAUUGUCGCCAUCGGCGCGGAAAUCUCAAGGCUGACGCAUAAGAUGUACACCUACAUCUUUGUUGGCUGCGACAUCCUUGCUCUCAUCCUCCAGGCUAUUGGUGGGGAUGUGGCCACAACCCCGAAGGAUCACAGGGGCUCCAGGAGCGGUGUGAACAUUAUGAUUGCUGGUAUGAUCUCUCGAGUCAUCACUAUGGCCCUCUUUCUUGCUCUAUGGGCCGACUUCGCUCUCCGCACACGGCAUGCGAAGAUGUCUGGCAGCUUUUCCGACUCUAUCCCUAGCUGUACAAAAAAAUGCGCUCUGCACUACAUACCAGCCUUUUAA